ACUGUUGACUUUGGGCCAUACAUUUGGCAAGUUUGGACUGCAACACCUUUUGGAGAAGAGAGAAGAAAUCAAGAAAACAAAACGAGCAAUGUAUUUGGAAGUAAUGAGUGGUUCAGUCAUAAAGGAGUGAGGUGGAGAAGGAAGGAAGCAGAAAGAUGCUGAAAACAACACUUGAGAGAUUGGAGAGGAACUUGUCAUGGUCGGUUUUGAAGAGUGUGUGGAGUCGUAAUUAUUGUAUGAGCAGUGGAAUCCCGAGAGAGAGAGUAGAGUGCGUGGUGAUAGGAGCAGGUGUAGUGGGAUUAUCAGUGGCUAGAGAGCUUGCUUUAAGAGGUCGACAGGUCUUAGUCCUAGACUCUGCUCCCACCUUCGGCACUGCCACCAGUUCCCGCAACAGCGAAGUUAUCCAUGCCGGCAUCUACUACCCUCCUAAUUCUCUCAAGGCAAUCUUUUGUGUAAGAGGAAGAGACUUGCUGUACAAAUAUUGCUCUCAGCGCCAAAUUCCUCACAAACAAAUUGGUAAACUCAUUGUUGCCACUGGAUCGUCUGAGAUUCAAAAGUUGCAUAAUUUACUGGAUCGUGGGAUUAAAAAUGGGGUCGAUGGUCUGGUGAUGAUGGAGGGUUCCGAAGCCAUGAGAAUGGAACCCGAAUUAAGAUGCUUGAAAGCCUUACUAUCACCAGUUUCUGGGAUUGUCGAUACACAUUCUUUGAUGCUGUCUUUGGUGGGUGAAGCUGAGAAUUGUGGCACAAUCUUCUGCUAUAACACUACUGUUAUUGGUGGCCACAUAGAACAAAAUCAAUUGUGCCUUCAUAUUUCUCAAACCAAACAUCUUGAAAUGUGCAAUGGAAAUUCUCCCCUGCAACCAGAGAUAGUACUCAUUCCUAAGUUUGUAGUGAACUCUGCUGGCUUGAGUGCCCCUGCCCUUGCUAAGCGAUUUGAUGGCCUCCAAAGUGCAGUUAUUCCCACUGCUCAUUAUGCUCGUGGGUGCUACUUCACUCUAUCCAAUACUGGAAUCUGUCCUUUCAAACAUUUGAUAUAUCCUAUACCAGAGGACGGUGGCCUUGGAGUGCAUGUUACUUUGGAUUUAAAUGGUCAGGUCAAGUUUGGUCCGAAUGUGGAUUGGAUUGAUGGAAUUGAUGACAUUUCAAGCUUCCUGAAUAAGUUUGACUAUUCCGUAUGUACGAGUCACAUGAAGCAUUUUUACCCUGAGAUAAAGAAGUACUACCCGAAUCUAAAAGAUGAAUCCCUCGAGCCAGGUUAUGCAGGGAUUAGACCGAAGCUUUCAGGUCCUAGACAGUCUCCAGUUGAUUUUGUGAUACAGGUAUUCAGCAUGAUUUGAAUCUUCUUAUUCCAUGGACAAAGUCAGGGAGAGGAUAUUCAUGGGAUAACUGGUCUUGUCAACCUUUUUGGAAUCGAGUCACCUGGUUUAACUUCAAGCAUGGCGAUUGCCGAGCACAUAGCCACCAAAUUCUUCAGAUGUUAAGAAACCUGCAGAAUUCCACAUUAAUUUGAAGAUGGUGAUGGCUAUACUAGGAAUGAAGACGGUAAUGAUGUAAUGUAUUUCAUCUUAAGGUGACUACAGCUUGUAUUUCCUCCAACGCAACCGUAAACAGUUUAAAAGGGAGGGGGCAGCCUUGAUACCGCCAAUGAAACUAGCAACUGCUGUCAAUUAUAGAAAGGCUGUUCUGGAGAGUGAUUGCCUAGAGUUGUUGAAUGCCCUGAAUGAUAAGAUUUGUAUAGGAAGUUGGAAUGAAUGCCCUGAAUGAGAAGAUACAAAGAGGAAGUUGAAAUA